AUGAGCAUAAUACCGUUAAAAAAACGUACAGACAAAUUUAUAAAAAAAAUAGAGGUUUGGAAAAUUCCGAACGUCGACUCAUAUCUUCUUGCGGAUUCUAAAAAACAGUUUGACCAUGAAUUCAAUGCUGGAUUUUACGAUGAAGAUAAAUGGAUCGUAAGUGUAAUAAUAAAAAUAAGUGAAAUAAAGCAUUCCUAUUAUGUGUCAGCCUUCGCUGUUGGUCCAUAUAAUAGUCGUUUUCAGGUGUUUUCGAAAAUUGGUCGAGGAGGUGUAAGCCCUGACUGUAAGAAUCUUAUAGACAUGGAAAAUUCGAUUGGAUCUGGAUUUCCAAUCAAAACGUUACCUCCACAUGAAAGUUAUUAUAUUCCGAAUGGUACGCUGACGCUGGAGAUAGAAAUCACCUCCUACUGGGAUACGAAUCCAUGCUUUCCUGGUCAUCCUCACAGAGUACCUAAUAUAGACAGUUAUGUACCUGACUCACUCUUAGAACUGUACCAAACCAGGAAUGAUGAUGGUAAUGUUAUUAUAAAAGUUGAGAAUAAUGAAUUUAAAAUUCAUAAAAAUGUAUUGGAGACUCGAUGUCCUGUACUAAAUGAACUGAUCGACGAAAGUAAUCUACUAGCUCUUGAGGAUAUUAAACCUCAAGUAUUUGAGAUGGUAGUAGAAUAUCUCUAUACAGGAUACGUCAGUAAUACUAAUGAUCAACUUGUUGACAAUGCUGAGUGCUUAUUAGAAGCUGUUGACGCUAAAAUUUUAGCAAUUCGCUGCAAAUGUUUAGCUUUGAGUUAUUGCCUUUCGAAAUUACACAGCGAUUAUUUAACUCAUCCAGUUCGAUACCCUCUGGAUAGUAUACCAGUGAUAAAAAGAGGAUAUAACCCAUUGGAUCUAUACGAAAAUGAACGAUUUCCUAGACCCAUUGAUAUGAAUGAUUCUAGUUGUACUCUGUGA